AACAACUGGAAUCAGAAACGGUCGAUGCUGGACAAGACGCCUUUUUCCACGUCUCCACAGACUAUGGCAUUAUUCAAGGGGUAGCUGAUGGAGUAGGCAGUUGGGGAGAAGAUGGCGUAGAUCCUUCAGCAUUUGCUUGGGCCAUGAUGGAAAAUGCAGCUAGCAUUGCAAAAGAACUUGGUUCUGCGAAAAAUAAUCCUAAUAAAUCUAUGGUAGAUGCUGGAGUUGUGCUAAGCAAAGCAUUUGAAAACACGGUAGCUGGUGGGAAAGUUGAAGCAGGCAGUGCAACGACAUCUAUUCUCACGCUUUCUAAUGAUUCGGGAAUCCUCAAUGCGGCAGUUUUGGGUGAUUCAGCAUUUCUACUAAUCCGCAAUGGUCGCGUUCAUUAUCAGUCUGCAUCGCAACAACACGUCUUUAAUUUUCCUUAUCAGCUUGGAAUAGUGCCUAAACGUUACCGCAGAAGGAGUGCUAAGGAUUCUCCUAGUGAUGCUGAUCAGUCAACGCACCAGUUACAAGACGGAGACGUAAUAUUAUUGGCAACAGAUGGAUUGCAUGAUAAUGUAUUCAUCGAUGAAAUAGUUUCUAUUGUGAACGAAGAACUUUCAAAUAAUGACGGAGACAGUCGGGCUAUGGAUGUUGAAGAGCUCACAGAAGACAUAAGAAAAUUAGCAAAAAGACUUACUUAUACUGCCAGUAAAUAUUCUCAGUCUUCUUCUGGAGACAGUCCAUAUGCGAAAGCGUAUAGAGCCCGUAAGGACGUGCCUCGGCAGGGAGGGAAACCUGAUGAUAUUGCUCUGCUUGUUACGCUUGUGAGGACAAACCAUAAAUAA